AUGGAACCGGCUGACACUGUGUCGCCUGUGAAGGAGUUCUGGGGUGAUGUGGAUAUAGGGAAGAACGCAGAGCUUUUCUACAACAUCACUGAUGGAGAUUCGAGGUUUACAAUCGAUGAAAGUGGAUAUAUUGCUACGAAUGUGCCGUUGAAAGCCGAAGAGGUGGUAACUCUUACGAUCCAAGCUACCGAUCGGGGUUUACCAGCUCAAAUGACCCAAAUCCGAGCAAUUCUCACUGCUGUAGCACUUCUCCAGAGGACCAAGGAUGCUAAAAAUCAGGCGCCCAGCUUUGGAAAGAACGAUGGCCGGCAAAUUCCUGUCUCGGAUGCUGAUCAGGUCGGAUUCACCAUUGCUAAGAUUGAAGCCGUGGAUCCAGAUGGAGACCCGAUUUGGUGGAGCAUCUUUGGAGGAAAUAUGAAUGAAACCUUCGCUCUAAGACCUAACAGCGGCCUCCUUCAAUUGGCUAAACCUAUCGAGAGCCUUGCCCGAAAUGUCACUAACAUCGUUUUGACAAUCAAAAUCACCGAUGGGCAACUGAAUGCAACAUCUGGGCAAAUUGCUGUUGAAGUGUCGCGAUUACCUAUAACUCGACCGCAGUUCUCAGCACAACAUUAUAAAUCCAGAUUUCGGAAAAAACCGCGUGUACGGUAUCCGUUCGGUGGAGGACACCAACAUGGAGGACAAACUUCGUGUGGAGCCAACACCGGCAACGUACUUAUGAUGGAAUCACUUGAUUAUGAAGUCUGUCGUGAAAUUUGUGCGAUCAUCUACGCUCGCCAAGGAACUCUUACCAACUAUGUGACACUGACGGUGACUGUGACAGAUGAUAACGAUAAUGCACCAAGAUUCGUUCACAAGGACUACUCGGUUACGUUGCCAAUGAGAAUUCAAAUGUGA